UGUGCGUUCUGUCGGUCGUCAACUCGACAUUUUCGAUUAAAAUUAACAAUAAAAUACAACAGAAACUUGGUAAAAAAACAUCCGAGAAUUAAUCGUAAUGUGUGCGUGUAAUUAAUUAUAAAUAAUCCUUCGAUGUAAUUUAAAAACAAACGAUUUUAAUUAUUGUUUAUACCACCAUGGUGGUGAUGGAAGUUGUUCUAUGUGUUGUGUUGUGAUAAAGGAAUCUAAUUUUGUAUGGAGAUUUGGGAAAUAAUAAUUAGAAUAGAUAAAGAUAAAAUGCCUCCAGAUACAUCAGGAUGUAGUGAUACCACCUUCAAAUUCUCCUUCGAGAUUUGCUUAUAGCACACUAAAGGCGCAGAUGUUGACGAUAAUUUUAAUAAAUAGUAGAUUUUAAAUAUUUUUUCUAUAAAAAGCAACUGAAAGUUUUGUAAAAAUGGGCAACAGGUGCUGCAAGAAGAGCAACGAGAGGCCAUCCGAUCGGCCCUUGGUGAUACAAGGUAAAAAGACUGAUCCCAGCUUCGGCCCUUCAAUGGGCAUGAUGGGAAACCACAUGAAUGGCGGUAUGGGGCACAUGGGCCCUGGAGGAGACUCCAGAUACACCCCUGAUCCGUACAGGGGCGCCGUAAGGGGCGGCCAAGCCGGGGCUGAUAUUAUUAGAACUAGGAACACCACAGCUCACCAGUCGUCGACGAGACGUCGGAUUGUCGUGGGGGUUUAUUCUUACGAAGCCCGAGAACAGAGUGAUGUCUCUUUCAGAAAAGGUGACAGGAUGGAGGUCCUGGACGACUCGGAAUCUGAUUGGUGGCGAGUUUUGCAUUUGACCACCAGACAGGAGGGACUGAUUCCUUGGAAUUUUGUGGCAGAAGAGCGCAGCGUCGAGAGCGAAGAUUGGUUCUUCGAUCACAUUUCUCGCAAAGAAGCAGACAAGCUCCUGCUGUCCGAUGAGAACCCACGAGGUACUUUUCUGGUCAGGCCUUCGGAACACAAUCCGCAAGGCUAUUCUUUGAGUGUGAAGGACUGGGAGGAGCAACGAGGCUAUCAUGUCAAACACUACAAGAUCAAACCUUUGGAUAAUGGUGGAUUCUAUAUUGCAACGAAUCAGACAUUCCCUAGUCUGCCUGCACUGGUCUUGGCUUAUACGAAAAAUGCCCUUGGCCUCUGCCAUGUUCUCUCCCGGCCCUGCCCUAAGCCCCAGCCCCAGAUGUGGGACUUGGGCCCUGAAUUGCGAGACAAAUGGGAAAUCCCCCGAUCAGAAAUCAAGCUGAUCCGAAAAUUAGGCCACGGCAACUUCGGCGAAGUCUACUACGGUAAAUGGCGAAACAACAUCGAAGUCGCCGUCAAAACCUUAAAAGAAGGCACCAUGUCCACCCAGGCGUUCCUGCAGGAGGCCAGCAUCAUGAAGAAGUUCAGACAUAAUCGACUGGUGGCCCUGUAUGCUGUCUGCUCGCAGGAGGAACCUAUUUACAUAGUCCAGGAGUACAUGUCUAAAGGAAGUUUGUUGGACUUCUUGAGGAAUGGCGAUGGUAAAUACUUGCAGUUCGAAGAUUUGAUUUACAUAGCUGCACAAAUAGCUAGUGGUAUGGAGUAUUUGGAACUGAAGCAACUGAUCCAUCGAGACUUGGCAGCUAGGAAUGUCCUCAUAGGUGAAAACAACGUCGCCAAAAUUUGCGACUUCGGCUUAGCUCGAGUAAUAGAAGACAACGAAUACUGCCCCAAACAAGGAUCACGCUUCCCUGUCAAAUGGACAGCACCGGAAGCAAUAGUCUAUUGUAGAUUCUCAAUCAAAUCGGACGUCUGGUCUUAUGGAAUCUUGUUAAUGGAACUGUUUACCUACGGGCAAGUUCCUUAUCCUGCAAUGCACACCAAGGAAGUCAUCGAGAAGAUUGAGAAGGGUUACAGGAUGCCCAAACCGACUAAACAUCAUCUACCAGAUGAUAUCUAUCGGAUAAUGUUGCAGUGCUGGGAUGCUGUACCCGAAAAGAGGCCGACGUUUGAGUUUUUGAAUCACUACUUCGAAUCAUUUACUGUGACCUCGGAAAUUCCAUACAGGGAAGUACAGGAUUAAUUUUGUAGAUGGACAAAGUAAGGUUGGUGGUAGAAAUUUAAGUUUUAUUGGAUAACGGUAAUAAUUUUAUUUGAGAGACUGGAUUGUUUUAUGAUACAAAGAUUUUUAUUUUCAGUGUAUAGAAGUUAAUACUACUUUUCUAAAUUAGCCUCUCUCUUUGCCUUUUCGCGUUUUAGCCUCAAUUUUUCCAAAGCGUUCCUCAUUUUCCUUAACAAGGUGACUCCGGAGUGUGCACUCGGCAUUUUAGGGGGGGUUGUCUGAUCAAAGUCUUUCUAGACAAUGGUAUUUUUUUUAAUUGGUGUUUUAAUAAAAAAAAAACUUAUGGAUGAGUCUUAAACAUCCGAUAUUUGUAUAUAUGUUACGACAUUUGUAGACAAGUUACGACAUUUUCAGAUAAGUCACAAUAUGCUUAAACAAGUUAAGACAUUUUUAGACCAGUUGCGAAUUUACAAGACAGUUUACGACAUUUCGAGACUAAUUACGAUAUCUUUGGAUAAGUUACGAUAUCUUUGGACAAUUUUCAACAUGUUUAGUCCGGUUACGACAUUUCUAAACACGGAGUUACAAUAUUUCUAGACAAUUUACGACAUUUAUAGACAAGUUACGACAUUUCUAGAUAAGCUAUGAUAUUUUAAGAUACCAGUUUUCAGGUACUCUACAACAUUUUCAGACAAGUUAAGAUAUGCUUAGACAAGUUAUGACAUUUCUAGGCCAGUUGCGACAUUUCUAGAACAUGUUUAGACAAGCUUUGACAUGUUUAGACAGGUUACGACAUUUCUGAAGAAGAAGUUACUAUAUUUCUAGACAAGUUUGGACAUUUAUAGACAAGUCUUAACAUUUCCAAAGAAGGAGUUACAAUAUUUCUCGACAAGUUACGAUAUGUUUAGAUAAGUUGCGGAAUUUCUAGACAUUUCCUAGACGAGUUGAGAUAUUUGUGUUGCGACAUUUAUAGAAAAUUUGCGAUAUUCUCAGACGAGUUGAAAUAUUUCCAGACGUGUUGAGAUAUUCCUAGACGUGUUGCGAUAUUUUGCAACAUUUUACGGUAUUUUUAGACAGGUUACGACAUGUUCAGACAAGUUGCAGCACGUUUAGACAACCUUCCACCUGCUUAGACAGGUUACGACAUUUCUAAAAAAGGAGUUAUGGUAUUUCUAGACAAGUUUUGACAUUUAUAAACAAAUCUUGACAUUUGUAGACAAGUUUAGACAUUUAUAGACUAGUUUCGACAUAUUCAGACAAGCUUUGACAUGUUUAGUCCGGUUACGAUAUUUCUAAAGAAGGAGUUACGAUACUUCUAGACAAAUUACGACAUUUAUGGACAAAUUACGACAUUUCUAGACGAGUUAUGACACUUUUUAACGUGUUACAUUUCUUGACAGGCUACGAUAUGUUCAGACAAGUUUCGAUAUUUAUAUACAACUUUCGACAUUUUCAGACAAGUUUCGACAUUUUCAGACAAGUUACAACAUUUUCAGACAAAUCUCGCUUCGUCCCUUUCUAUUCCUGAGUAUUAAUCAUUUAACGCAUCUUUGUUGGAAGAGAAAAAACGUAUUAAGCGUGAUAAUCUUAGUCAUCGAUAAAAUUAAAACACUGCCAGUCUCUCGAUCAAAAAUUACUUUUAUCGA